AUGGAGCCUGUUACUGGGAGCAGCACAACGGUGGUGAUGUCUGAGGGUUGGUGCUGGGAGCAGUGUGAUGGCAGCGCCCACCGACACCUCUCUGUAGGAGCGAGAGAACUCGAUGCCACAGCAACAAUAUUGGCCAACCGGCAAGAUGAAAGCGAGCAGUCCAGGAAGAAACUUAUCGAGCAAAGUCGGGAGUUCAAGAAGAACACUCCAGAGGACCUGCGCAAACAGGUAGCUCCACUACUGAAGAGUUUCCAGGGAGAGAUUGAUGCAUUGGGUAAAAGAAGCAAAGAAGCAGAGGCAGCCUUCUUGAAUGUUUAUAAGAGAUUAAUUGAUGUCCCAGAUCCAGUUCCAGCUUUGGAUUUAGGACAGCAGCUACAGCUGAAGGUUCAACGUAUGCACGAUAUUGAAACAGAGAACCAGAAACUUAGGGAAACUCUAGAGGAAUACAACAAAGAAUUUGCCGAGGUGAAAAAUCAGGAGGUUACAAUAAAAGCACUUAAGGAGAAAAUCCGAGAAUAUGAACAGACCCUGAAGAACCAAGCUGAGAACAUAGCUCUGGAAAAAGAACAAAAAUUACAAAAUGAUUUCGCGGAGAAGGAGAGAAAAUUGCAGGAGACACAGAUGUCGACAGCCUCGAAGCUGGAAGAAGCUGAACACAAAGUCCAAGCUUUGCAGACAGCCUUGGAAAAAACCAGAACAGAACUGUUUGAUCUGAAAACAAAAUACGAUGAAGAAACUACUGCAAAGGCUGAUGAAAUCGAGAUGAUCAUGACAGACCUUGAAAGAGCAAAUCAGAGGGCAGAGGUGGCUCAGAGAGAGGCAGAGACCUUAAGGGAGCAGCUCUCGUCAGCUAACAAAUCUCUCCAACUCGCUACACAGAUCCAGAAGGCACCUGAUGUGGAGCAGGCCAUCGAGGUGCUGACACGGUCCAGCCUGGAAGUAGAACUGGCUGCGAAGGAGAGGGAGAUUGCCCAGCUGGUAGAAGAUGUCCAGAGACUACAGGGCAGCCUCACCAAGCUGCGGGAGAACUCCAGCAGCCAGAUCUCCCAGCUGGAGCAGCAGCUGACCGCCAAGAACAGCACGCUUAAACAACUGGAAGAAAAACUGAAAGGACAGGCUGAUUAUGAAGAGGUUAAGAAAGAAUUAAAUAUAUUGAAAUCCAUGGAGUUUGCACCACCUGAAAGCUCUGGUGCGCAGGAUGCAUCGAAACCGCUGGAGGUGCUGCUGCUGGAGAAGAACCGCUCGCUGCAGUCCGAGAACGCCACGCUGCGAAUCACAAACAGUGACCUGAGUGGGUCAGCCAGGAGAAAAGGGAAAGACCAGCCUGAGAGUCAGCGUCCUGCAACCUUGCCGGCUUCCCCUCCUUCUCAGUUGCUCCGCAACGCGGGGGAGCAGGCUUCCAAUACUAAUGGUACACACCAGUUCUCACCAACGGGUUUAAGUCAAGACUUUUUCAGCUCAUCCCUGGCAAGCCCCAGCUUACCCCUGGCCUCCACAGGAAAAUUUGCACUAAACUCUCUCCUCCAGCGACAGCUAAUGCAGUCCUUCUACUCCAAGGCAAUGCAGGAAGCAGGAAGCACAAGCAUGAUUUUUUCAACAGGUCCUUACAGCACAAACUCCAUCUCUUCCCAAAGUCCAUUACAACAAAGUCCGGAUGUAAAUGGCAUGGCCCCAUCUCCCAGCCAGUCAGAAAGUGCUGGGAGCAUCUCCGAAGGCGAGGAGAUAGACACGGCCGAAAUUGCACGUCAGGUGAAAGAGCAGUUGAUCAAGCACAAUAUUGGACAGCGGAUAUUUGGACAUUAUGUGUUGGGACUGUCGCAAGGGUCUGUGAGUGAGAUACUAGCCCGGCCAAAGCCAUGGAAUAAACUGACUGUGAGAGGCAAGGAGCCAUUUCAUAAGAUGAAGCAGUUCCUGUCGGACGAGCAGAACAUCCUGGCUCUUCGCAGCAUCCAGGGUAGACAAAGAGAGAAUCCAGGCCAGAACCUGAACAGACUAUUUCAGGAAGUACCGAAACGAAGAAAUGGGUCUGAAGGUAAUAUAACCACACGAAUCCGAACCACAGAGACUGGCUCUGAUGAAGCCAUCAAAUCCAUUCUUGAACAAGCCAAAAGGGAGCUGCAAGUACAGAAAACAGCUGAGCCGGCUCAGCCGCCUUCUGCAUCUAGCAGUGGCAAUUCUGAUGAUGCUAUUCGAUCCAUUCUGCAACAAGCCCGACGUGAAAUGGAGGCACAGCAGGCUGCUCUUGAUCCUGCCUUAAAAACAACACCUUUGUCUCAAGCUGACAUUUCUAUCCUGUCCCCCAAACUAGUAUCUACAUCUGCAAUGUCUUCAGUUUCCAGCUAUCCUCCUUUGGCCAUAUCCCUGAAGAAACAUUCAUCUGUUACUGAUUCCAGUAUCUCUGCAUUGCAGAACCUCUCUGGGCUCAAAAAGGAGCCGCAGGAGGCGCCUGUUUUAGAGCUUCAUGGAAUAAGUGAUUCUGCCCAGGGUAUGUUGAGGCAUGUUAAAAAUGAGUUGGGACGUGGUGGUGUUUGGAAAGACCAUUGGUGGAAUACUGUGCAGCAUGAGAGAAGAAAUACAGCUCUUCCCGAAGAUAUAAAAGUUGAGGAAGCCAGUGGUGGAAAAGAAAAGGUCAGCAAUCAGACUAGGCCAGAUCGUAGCCAGCUCCAAGGACCAUCUUCUUCAGAGUAUUGGAAAGAGUGGCCAAACGCUGAAUCUCCGUACUCGCAGAGUUCUGAAUUGAGCAUGACUGGGGCGAGUCGCAGUGAGACGCCACAAAAUAGCCCCCUCCCUUCAUCCCCUAUCGUGUCCUUGUCCAAGCCAUCCAAACCUUCAGUUCCUCCUCUGACACCUGAGCAGUAUGAGAUUUAUAUGUACCAGGAAGUGGAUACGAUAGAACUAACGCGGCAGGUCAAAGAAAAGCUAGCAAAGAAUGGCAUCUGCCAAAGGAUCUUUGGGGAAAAGGUAUUGGGGCUGUCCCAAGGAAGUGUCAGUGACAUGCUCUCCAGGCCAAAGCCAUGGAGUAAAUUGACACAAAAAGGCCGAGAACCAUUUAUUCGUAUGCAGCUCUGGUUGAAUGGUGAGCUGGGACAGUGUGUCCUGCCUGCACAAGGGCAGCAACAAGGACAAGUCCUUCACUCUGUGACAUCAUUACAGGAUUCCCUACAGCAGGGAUGUGCAAGCUCAGAAAGCACUCCAAAGACUUCUGCCAGUUGCAGUCCUGCUCCCGAAUCUCCCAUGAGUUCCAGCGAAUCGGUAAAAAGCCUGACAGAAUUGGUACAGCAGCCCUGUCCUUCUAUAGAGACCAGUAAGGAUGGCAAAUCCCAGGAGCCCAGCGAGCCGCCUGCUUCCGAAUCCCAGUCCACAACCCCUUUGCCACUGUCGGGCCACUCAGCACUCAGCAUCCAGGAGCUGGUUGCUAUGUCCCCAGAGCUGGAUACGUAUGGCAUCACAAAAAGGGUCAAGGAAGUGCUAACGGACAACAAUCUUGGUCAGCGUUUGUUUGGGGAGACAAUCCUGGGGCUGACACAAGGCUCUGUCUCAGACCUGCUGGCUCGCCCGAAGCCCUGGCACAAGCUGAGUCUGAAGGGCCGGGAGCCCUUUGUCCGCAUGCAGCUGUGGCUGAACGAUCCCAACAACGUGGAGAAGCUGAUGGAUAUGAAGCGAAUGGAGAAAAAAGCCUACAUGAAGCGGCGACACAGCUCUGUGAGCGACAGUCAGUCGUGUGAGUCCUCCUCCACUGGAAUCGACUACAGCCAGGGUGCCAGCCCACAGCCACAGCACCAGCUGAAGAAGCCCCGGGUGGUGCUGGCACCAGAAGAGAAGGAAGCUCUGAAACGAGCCUACCAGCAAAAGCCAUACCCAUCACCAAAAACCAUUGAGGAACUGGCUACGCAGCUCAACUUGAAAACCAGCACCGUGAUCAACUGGUUCCACAAUUACAGGUCUCGCAUCCGCCGGGAGCUGUUCAUCGAGGAGAUCCAAGCGGGAAGCCAGAGCCAGGCCGGGUCGAGCGAUUCUCCUUCGGCACGAAGCAGCAGAGCAGCCCACAGCUCGGAGGGAGACAGCUGCGACGGCGUGGACGCGGAGGGCCCACCUGAAGGAAAGCCGAGCGGCGCGGAGGCGGACGAGUACAGCAAUGCAACCACAAAGUCUCAGGGAGGGCAAGCGGAGUCGGCUCUGGAGGCGGGGGAAGAGGCAGCGCCGGGCGCCCGGCCCACGGAGCGAGCGGAGCCGCUGCUCAUGGCGGCCGAGGGCCUGGAGGACACCGACGACGAGGGCAGGCCCAGAGCGCCGCGCCAGGGCUCUCCGGCCGGGUGUCAGCAUGCGGGAGAAGCUCCGGAGACGCCGCCCGGCUCCGCCACGGAAGGGGAUGCCUCUACCUCAGCUGCCUCCACCUCAGUCCUUACAGGGGAGAGCUCCUACAAGUCAAAGGAGAGUUCAGAGAAAAGCUCCAGCGUGCCAAGUACGAGUUCGACGCCGGGCGCAGGCUCGCAGAAAGCCAACUCUCUGCAGAGCUUGUUCAGCUUCUCCGAGGCAGCGAGCUCCAGGAGCACACGAGACAGCUCCUUGAGGAAAAAGAAAGCCGCAAACUUGAACAACAUAAUCCACCGCUUGGAGAAGGCCGCCAGCCGGGAGGAGGCUGCCGAGUGGGAGUUUUGAGAUUAAAACUCGCCCAACUCUGGAGAGCUGGGAAGUGAAACUGGACCUCUACUGGUUUUAUUGUGUUGCGCACUUAUCCGCCCUGCGGGCCACAGGGCAAAAACGCCAUAGGCCAAGGUGCAUAUAGAAAACAAAAGGAGCGUUAAGCCCAAUUUAUGUUCGUGUUUUCGAGGAAGAAAACUGAAAUGUGUAGUCGAGCUUUUUUGUACCCUGAAGUGUUUUUAUUAUUGCCCUAAGUGAUUUCCACGGUUUCUGGAAUAACUCAUACAGCUUUGCCUUGUGCCCUCCUCUUUGGUGUGGGCUUUAAAAAAAAAAAAAAAGAAAAAAAAGAAAAAAAACGUUUUAAAAAAAAAAAAAAUCGAACCCACGUAUUAAAAGGGGGCUUUUUAUCUGCCAUCUAAUGGCUACAGAGCGAUAAUACACUAUUAUCUUCUUAAACCAGGAAAAAAGGGGAGAUUUUUCAAAAAAAAAAAGAAAAAAAAAAGAAAGUUUUUUGUAGCUGUUCAGUUGCCACUAAGAGAUUGCACAGUCAACCGACUCUAAACACACUAGUUUGGAUUCCUACGUAUUUUCAAGAAAAGAAAAGAAUCUUGUUGUUUGAAACUUUGAAUUAAAAAGAAAAAAACACAUUUACUCCACAUAUUUUUUAACAAAACAGAAAAAAAAAAGUCACAUCAGGAAAAUAUCUUAAUUUGUGGUAGCUGACUUAGUGUUUUCUUGUAAGUGAAAUAGAAUAUUGACACGUAGUGCACAUUGUUUCAUAGCUUUAACUGAUUCUGGUCUUUUGCAGACCAGAAUUUGUUUAAUACACUCCAUUUUAGGCCAAAUCAGGACAAAAAAAAAAAAAUCUGAAUCUAGGUAUUUUAUAAUCUGCUUUUUAACCUCUAACCACAGAGCACGCUGAUCAGACCUCAUAUCUGGGAGGUUUGGGAGACAACUUAGAAACAGCAUGUACUUGAUCAUUUCACUUGGGUCGUAGCGUACAGGAUUUCCUUUCAGCCAAGUCAGAUUGCUCAGAAAACGUUGGCCAGUAACAUUUCAGCCUGCUUCUUCGGGGACACGCUCCGUGACCCGAGCUGUUCACCUUACCUGGAACCGAGGGAAGCGUAGUUCAUGUGUACGACUGCUGUCACACCACUAAGGGGACGGGAGCUGCCUCAGAUGGAGAAGUUUUCCUGCUGUAGGUGGCCAUUUACUGACUCUCUUCCCACCGCAAGCACUGAUUUUAAAUGUUUUAGUUGUGGGAAGCUUGUUUUUACGUGGAGGAAUAGUACAUGGCAAUGACCAGACAGGCUCUUAGCAGGGCCGAAGGAGCCCAAACUCCAAACCAAAACGUUGAUGCUCUCCAGUCCCAGUCUCGCCCGUUCUGCCCCGCAGAAAUGCAGCCUUUCGCCAUUAUUUUAUGCACAGGUUAGGGCUGAUCAAAGUACAAAUCAAAUUCUAACUUGUCUCUAACUCCUCCUGUUGUCUAUAUGUAUAUGCGUGAGCAUAGAGGUGCGUGGAAGGAUGUGUGUGCGUGAGUGUGUGCGUGCAAUUUUAUACGUCUGUGUAUUUUCUUACGUACUUGUGCACACAUAGAGUGCAUUACUGCCACCUUUUUUCAAUAAGCUGUUUUAUCAGUUAUGGCUUCUACAAGUUUGCUAAUUUAGACUCCUUUAUUGCCAUAUCUUUAAAACUAACAAUAGAUGAUUUCGGAAUAUAUAUAUAUAUAUAAAUAUAUAUAUAUAUAAUUUUUUUUUGCUUAUUUAUAGGUGCUGUAUUUUAUUAUCUGAUUGUUAGGAAGGGAUGAAAGGGGGCAAAUAUUCUUUAGAGGGAUAGACUGCCGGCAGUAUUGGGUAUAAUUUACAAGAUGUAGUUGUCAUACUGUAUAUUAUUGAUUGAAGACUUUUUGACCGUAUUGUGUAUCAUUGAACUUUUGUCUUAGGUCAGCAUCUUUUUGAUGACACUUUAAUGGUGCAUUCAUUACUUCUUAAGUUUAAUUAAUAUUACUUUUCUGAUUUUGGGGGAGGGAGGGACGGGGAGAGGAGUUCCGACUUUAAAGGUAUGUUCCCAAUAUUACACCUCAGUGUGCUUGUAUUAAUUCAUUAGUAGGAUUUUUGACUGUAAGAUGUGAAACCACAUUUCUUGCAUGAUGUUUUAGAACGUAUGUAUUUCAUUUACAGUCUCUUAACAUGCAACAGCAGCACGUAGUGCAAGUGUCACAAAUUGAGAAUCAGUACACUAAAACCAAUCCUUUUCAUGAUCGAGGGAAGAAGGCUCUAGGAGGCUGAAAGGCAGGGACUCGUUUCCUAUUUCUACUGCUAGCUGUUUCAGGAUACCUCCUUGGGUAGCUGGGGACUUGUGAUGCAGAACUCAAACUGAGGAACAGAGAGAGCAACUGCCCCUUUCUGUGAUGAGCUGAGGAGAUGGUUUGUAAUACAAACAGCGGCGUGUGACAGUGCUGGCAGCUCCAGCUUCUUGCCCGAGCACAGUUAGCCCCCAGGAAAGGCCAGCGAGGGGAGGAACGUGGUGAAGCAGAGCCGUACCUCUCUGUACCUGUGCAGGUUUGACUUACAAAGCACAGCUCCGUCUGUCCAUGCACGUCCUGGUAGAAGUACACAUACCUUACUACGAGUCACAACCAGGUGUGUCUUCAGCCGCGGAGCAAAGCUUCUGACAGGAAGACACACGUAUUUUCUUCUUUUUUUUUUUUAUUGUUGUUGUUGUUGUUUGGUUCAGGUUGGGUUUUUUAAUUAAUUCUGGGCAAUCCGUUUGCCAGUCUGGUUCUGCUGUCCUUGUCUGCUGAUUGGAGAUCCAGGUGCUUGAUGCAGCCAAGCGGUUACUCGGCUUUCUCGAUAGGGAGGGUUUUGUUCUGUUUGAUUUUUUUUUUUUAAAUUAAUAUUCCCCAAACUGUUCUUGUGCCUGUGUCUCUAUAAUUGCAUUCCAUAAAGCUUACUGAGAGCUCUUGCUGCAUCAUCCGACAGCAGAACUGUAUUCACAGGUUGAACACAAAUGCAGCAUUUAAGGUCAAUCUCUCUUCUUAAUAAGCAAUACGUAAGUGCCUUGAAACUUGUAUCUUUUAUUUUCCUGUUCGUUUUUUGGUUGCUUUUCAGACUCCCACUAGUUCUUUAGGGUUCUUCAGUGUCAGCCCGAUUUUUAAUGCUAUGAUGGUUUCUAAAAGCAUAUCUGUAGCUUGCCCUAGAGGAAAUGUUUCUUUUAUAACACUAACUGUUAAUUCUGAGCUCCAUUAUUACAUUUGAAUCAUGUAAUUUCGCUGGAUAAAGACAGCAUUCCUAAGUCAGAAGUCACUCCAUCCUGCCAAGGGUUGUCACUGGUAUCUAUUGAAAAAUUAAUCAAAUAAAAAUGCUGUCAGUAUUUCCGAUAUUUUUGGCACUUUAUUAAUGACUUAGCUCCUUUUGUUGUUUCGUAUGUAAUGAUCUGCAAUGAAUGUGGAUUUGCCUGCUGAGAUGCUCUGGGGUGCCCCGGCCGGGCGUCACUGCGGUCCCUUUGUGACCAGGUUGUGUAGGGGCACGGCAGACCCACGCCGCCCGGCCGCGCUCAUAGAGCACAAGUGAUGUGCCCAGCUUUUGGUUCCCUGCUUUUAGCCAACAUUGCAGCUGCUUUUCUGUUCCGGUGGAAAGUAAAAUGGAUCAGCUUGAACUACUGCUGAGAUUCUCUUGUUGGAGAUGAGCCACCUACUGGCUUUCCAAACAGUCCCAUACCUCCCUGGUUUGGAGACUAAACUUCAGCAGCACUGAAAGGUGUUAGCUAUAUUUCUUAUCUAGUGUGGCACUUGAAGGUAACGCUUCUAGGACAAUGUAUAUUGGGGUUGGUUUUUUACUUGAUGAACAGCAGAGCAUAAAAAAGCUGUAGGAGAGGACAUGCCAAAGAGUAGCACUGGGGCUUUUGUGUUCUUCAGUCACAAUAAGGCGAGAGGAGGCACUUAGGGACAUGGGGUGGGGGCUGUCCCAUGGCACGAUGGCUUUGUAGAGCACGGAGCCUGGGGACGGGGCUCUCGCUGCCCACGUUUCUUACCCAGCGGAUGAAAGCACAGACUGCAGGAGACCUGCAGUCCCACAGUCUGGUUUUAUCUGGGGGUUCUUUAAAAAUACUUUUAUUUUCUCUUUCCGUUUCCAAUUCCGUGUUGUUACGAAGCUGUGGGUGAAGGGCCCGGGCUCUUGUAUCCAAAAUAGCUUUCCACUGCAGCGAAACUUGUUGUUUUUCUCUCUGGAUGGCUGGGGAAGGAGGAAGGUCCAUUACUUUGCUUAGAUGAAAGCUAGGAAAGAGUAUUGCUUGGAGAGGGGUCAUGCAUGGGAUUGUCAGUAUGCUUCCGGCUUUGAGGAUACAGACUUCAGGCUGUAAUUGGCAGAAAUAUCUCUAAUUAAAGUUGCUGUUGAUGCUGUAAAAUAUGACCAUUUUAUUUAUUCAUCUGAAAAAUGUCUACAAGUAGAGCCACUCCUUAAAGGAACUUCUGUCAGUGCAUUCUGUCCGUGCUGUGAAUUAGUGAAUCCUUUAGUAAGAGCUCCUUGCUGCAAUAAGAAAAUCUUACCGUACAGUUAAAGAGAAGAAGAUACACGUGCCUUUCUCAUGAGGUGAAAGAUCCUUGCAUUGUUUCUAACUUGUUCAUGUGGGAAUGGUGAAGAGAAGGGGCUUAAUGAACAUGGCAGAAUUCUAUGCAAUAUUCUCUGUGCAGUUACUGAAGAGUGGCUGUUUUUCAGCUGUUUAAUUGGAGAAAUAGCGAGCUAACAAGAGCAUCGCUCUGGCGGCAGCUCCAACUAUGGAGGUGAUACAUUUACGUAAAGUAGGGCUGAGGGAAACCUGAAAAAAUUCUUUGGUUUUGAACAUUUCUUUGCACUUAAAUCCAAACCAGUUUAUUUGAACUGAAAUCAUAGAGUCUUGGAACAUCCUGAGUUGGAAGGGACCCCCAGGGAUCAUCGAGUCCAACUCCGAAACGCUGCAGUGAGGCAGAGCAGUGCCUUUAGCAAGGUGCAGAGAGAGCAGUACUCUCACUUAGGGAUCUGUUGUGUGCACAUGGAGGGCACUGUUUUUGCUUCCUUUGUGUCUUUCUAACACAAAUCUUAAGCGCUCUCUUAUUACUUCUUCAUCAGUGUACGUAUCCUGGAAUGUUUCCUGUCUUGGAGCUGCUGUGUGGCUGAGCCCUGUGCUGAGUGCUCCUUGGGGCUAUCAGAAACAUGGGAGGAAGAGAGAAGUUGGUUCUUCGGUGGGGGAACUUGAUUUCACAAGCUGCUUACAUCUCUUAGCGCUCAGUGUGGCUCACAUGGAUGGAAUGCCAGUUCAGCUCACCCAUAUGUUGCCUGCUGCGUCCCCCUUGCACUUUCUGCUGCCCCACUGUUGGAACAUCAGCAUUUUCUUCCUUUGCGUUGCAUAUACAAUCAGCUUUUUCUUUCUUUUUUAAAUAGAGAAUUUAAAGAUUCUGUUUGAGCAAAGUAUUUUUUUUUUCCAGCUGUUUAAAAAUCUUGCCAGAUGGUUUUAAAUUGCAAUCACUGGCUUUUAAAGCACAAAAUCUUGUUUUCUGACACUCAGCUUUCUUAGUUGAAGAAGUGACCGAGUGGUCCGUGUCUCUUUCCCUGUAUGCAUUUGAGCUUUGACAUGUAGAAAUAUUAUUUCAUGAAUUAAUUCUUUCCUCCCCAUCCCUUUUGCAGGAUGUAUUGAGUAUGCCAUAUGUAAAAUAUAGGUAAUAAUGAUCUUUAAAGCGAGACAAGCCCUUUGUGCUAUGCCUAGGGAGUGAUCUGUCCUACAUGACCAGGUCAUGUCCUAUACCCUGCCCUGUGAAUAUGCAAGGAUAUCGAGUUUCUCUGCUCCAAAGGUGAGGUUUAUCCUUUUGGAGAAGGUUAGCAUUAGGCUGUGCACUUGAGUUUCCAAAAAAGCCUUAAAAACAGGUGUGUGAGUGGCGCCAUCUCCUCCUCAGGGAUGAUUUCCCCCAGGUCGAGCAGUUCUGUGGUGUGUGUGAUGCAGUUGCUGGAUGGAAGCUCGUUUCCCAGCAGGAGGAAGUCAUUCAUUGCAGCGUUAGCAGUGAGAGCCUCUGGUGCAGCCGAAGACCCAGCCGGGCUGCACGCCUGCUUUCCCCAAACCCCCCACGUGGCAGCCCUGCCUGCCCAGGGAAGUUUGCGUUUCUGCAGCUGUUUUGUGAAUGAAAUUUAAAUAAGAUCUGACGCCCGGUUGUUGGUUUUUCGUUGCUGGUCACAGAUGCUCAGGCACAAAAGUGCUUUAAAAUGAAACGUCUGCUUUUUAAAAAUUAAUGAGAUUAUUGUAUUUUCCCUUGUCCAGCUAUUCCACAAAGGACAGUUUCUGCCAUCGUUCACGCUUGCUUUAUUCAUGUUGAUGCCAGGAGAGGAGUUUUGUCACAGUUCUGUAGAUUAGGUAACACUAAAGCUGUUGGUUUUAUGGCACUGCUUCUGUUUGUUGAAACAGCCGUGUACAGGUUAAAUUCUUAACCACAGCAAAACAGAGCAGGAUGCAGUGGGUGCCUGCAGCCCCCGUGACGUCACGUCUUUGAGUUUUGUUCAUAGAGCUACUUGAAUGACGUGGUACAGAACUCAUCCAAAGACCCAUGGGAGUGGAGAGGGCCAGGAAUUCCUGCUUGUGGGUGACGGAGCUGCUGGUGACGUGGUUACUGUGUGAUGUGUAGUGAUGUUCAUAGCAGCACAGCCCUCUGUUGGUAACAAGAAGAGCAGUGUUGAGUUGCAUUGCCGUCUUCCGUCUAUGCGGGUAAUGAAUACACAUUUUUAGGAGUUCAGUGACUACAUGUCCAUGUUUCCAUAGGGGGAAAACCCCUCUGUAUGUGUAGCAUUUUCAUGCUUGGCAUCAGUAGAACUGCUGCAGCCAGAUAUGUGAAGUCAUUUGGGGCACAGGUGAGCGGAGGCAGAAAACCGAUCUGUAUUAUAAUGCAUAGGAUGCUGUUUUCCCAUUAGUCAGACAUGUUUCAUGCUGUAAAUGCAGAAUUAUCUACUGGAGAGGUCAGAUUUCUGCGGGUUUAGCUAACCUGGUAGGGGAAAGAUCAUGUUCAGAAUACAUAAAAAUAAUGCCAAGGGUCUCAGAUGUGCCAGAGCUGGGUGGUUCAAAAUCAGGAGUCAAUCCAUCUCUGCAAAAUCCCCCUUUAGUACAGCCUGCAGGAAAUUCAUAUGCUGGACACUUGCACAAGUCAUGUGUAUUUUUCUGUAUCUGUGUACAGUGGGAAGGUGAAGAGUUUUGCCAUGUAUUUAGACAACUGCAAAAACAGCCAGUAUGUCCAUGAAGCCGAGUAACAAAUACGAGCACACGGCUCGUUCUUGCUCUCUCUGAGCUGAAUAUUCAAAUACUCUUUGGAAUGAACCUGAAAUUCUCUUGCACCGUCCCUCCCAGAGGCACACGUCUGUGUUUGGAAGAGAAGUAAAACUUGGCACUUGACUUGCUCUGAAGUACAAUCUAUCCCCAAGCAACGAAAAUUUUCCCUACAAUCACUCCCUCAGUCAGACUCCCCUGGCUUUUGUUAGCUUCCCUUAGAACCCUCCUACCACUUUGACGUAUGAUCGAUGUGAGUAAAUUAUUACUAGCUUUAAAAGUGUUUCCAAAGUACCUGGUUACCUCGGGAUGCUUGCACUGCUGCACAGCGGUACCCGAGCUCCGGCUCGAGGGGCAGCAUGCGGGCGGUCGGCAUGGUCACCUCUGUGUCCUGUUGUCCUCCAUCAGGGCUUCCAGUUCCUUCCACCUGCAGGGAGUGGGGAUGAGAAGAGUUUAGUUUAGUUUGGAAUGCUUUGUUUGGAUUCUGUAGGCGUAUCGUCUGGAUUCUGUACGCUACCACAUUUCCCAUUGAGUUUUCAGUUCUUGCUACUUUCCUAAAAUUCUCUCUUGAACAAACUUUCUAUACUUGGAAAGCUAUGUGCCUUAUUUUCUAAAUCUCUUCGUGGAGAAUAAUCUAAAGCACAGUGAUCUCGAUUGCAGCAUUCGCAGCCUCCUGCUUGUCGUUUAGUGCGGGAAGGGAAACGCCAACCGAGGAGCGAUUCACGGCCCAGCACUCCUUGUCCCCCUGCUGAUGAGUUGUCCCCUUGCUGAUGAGCACUUCAAGCACUGUGCAUUACGUCUUUGUGCAAUAGAAAUUCUCAUUGUGCAUCUGGAGGUCGUUGGCCCAUCCAAUGAGCGCAGGCGAGCGGUAGCGUAGAGAACUCAGGUUCCCAAAACAAGCCUGCCUGGGUUGGCUCUGGCAGCGCGGUUGGUUGUGGGCUUGGAAAUAAAGGUUGUAAGGCAAAACAUGACUGGUUUGUGCUCGCAGGCUGCCAGCGUUCAGGAGCUGCUCCCGGGCUCCGGCCGUUGCUGCUGGUGCCGUGUUGGUGCCAUUGGCCAUCCUUACUGGUUGGCAGCAGCGAGGCACUGCAGUGCAUCCCAAUCCUAACCCGGCUGUCACAGACAGGCUUCCACCCCCCAGCAUCCUCAGCCCUUAGCAGCACUCGCGUGUCAUUCUCCAAGCUUGCUCUCUCUACAUCAUAAGGUAAAAUACAUAGAGGUGGUUUGCUGUCAGGAAAACAACCGAGUAUUUCCUAUUUAUGAGAUUGAUUUUAUCAGUUUCUUUGCUGAGGUUUGUUUUUAUUUGAUACAAACGCAACAGGAGCAUGCAUAUCCUGCAGGCAGACGUUGGAUGGAGCGGGGUGCUGUCAGCUUGGUUGAGUAUCCAUAUCAUUGUGCCCCUGUUGUGUUUCCUAGAGCAAUCAUUUUUUUUUAAAGAUAUUUUAUCUAAAUGCCUAAUAAAUAAUAUUAUUUAAAUAGUUUUAAAGUAAUUUAGGACUGAGAAUAAGAAGCCUCUGUUGUGAGAGAAGAGACUUAAAAUAUACAGAGAGAAAAUCCCCUUAGCCUCCUAGAGCCUCUACUGAGAAUGUCAUGAAGACGCAGUGCCCCUUGUCAGAGCACGCUGCCAUCUCCUCCAGUGUUGAUGUAAAAUGAGAGACUGGUUUCCCGUGACGUUCAUCUUUGUUGGCAUACGUUUGAAUUUCUGAAUUCAGAGCUGGUUUUCUUCUCAUCCGAAGUUGGUCGAGGUUUAAAACAACAACAAAACAAACGGCCAGGUCGCGUGGUGCGCUGAUCUUUGUGCCGUGCGCUGAUCUUUGUGCCGUG